AUGCCUGACAUGGUGAAAUGGUUUGUGCGCAUCAGCUACGUGUAUGGACGCCUAACCGGUAUUCUCAACUUUGAGAUCGAUUUAAAGACGGGUAGAACGCGGAUCACUAGAAAAGCCACCAUCUAUUCAGCAUGUGCAAACGUGUGCUUGAUGUCCUUACUGGCGCACCACUUUUGGCGAAGCAAUGGCAUGGCAGCGCUGUGGUCAAAUGUCAGUUCGCUGCAUGAAAGUGUCUUCAUGCUUGUCUCUUGGAUGCGCGUCUCCUGUGCGUUAGCGGCCAUGGCAAGUCGCUGGCAUCAUCGUCGUCGGUACAUGCGACUCAUCAGCUCCUUUCGGUGCCUGUUCCUAAAGAAUCCCGAGGUUAUGCGGCUCUGUCGCCGUGGCUUCGUCUGCAAAUGCUGUUUGGCCAUUGUGGCCGAGAGCAUGCAAUUUCUGUUGGCCAUCUUGAUGAUGUGGGAUAAGCGGACGUUCUCAUUGCUCCUUGGCAUCUGGGGUGUGAUGACCGUGACAGCAAUCAUCAAUGUAAUUAUUACACAGUAUUUCUUUGCCCUGGGGAAUGCGCGGGGCCACUACAUACUCAUCAAUCGGAAGCUUCGAGAGGUGCUCGCCGAGGCCCAGUCCCUGGGGCCCAAGCGUAACCGUCGAAACGGGGUCUUUGUCACGAAAUGCUGCUUCCUGGCCGAUCGAUUGGAUGAAAUCGCCCAAACCCAAUCCGAAUUACAGGCGCUGAUCGAGCGCAUGUCGAAGAUCUAUGAGCUACAGGUCCUAUGCCUGUGCAUCACCUAUUACCUGACCUCCGUGGCAAACGGCUACAUAUUGUUUAGCAUCUACAAGUACAAAAACAUGACACAGAACUGGUCCAAGCUGGGAUUGCUGGCGGGCGCUGUUUUCUUUGUUUUUUACUACGCCGAUUGCUUAAUAAACGCCUACAAUGUCUUCUACCUGGUGGAAGCCCAUCAGGAGAUGCACAAGCUUCUGGAUCAGCGAAAUCUCUUUCGGUGGGGUCUGGACGAGCGACUGGAGUCAGCUUUUGAUAGCUUCGAGCUGAGCCUGGCCCGAAAACCACUGAAUCUUCAAUGUUUUGGCCUCUUUCAAUUGAAUCGCUCCUCUGCAUAUGACGUGGGCAGUUCCAUAUUAAUCAACUCUGUACUUCUCAUCCAAUACGAUAUGCAGAACUAUUGA